GGAAAUGUAAAGUUGGUGAGAGAGAAGCCAUAUUGUUUGAAAAGCUUAGCUUUUUACUUCUUUGCAGUAAUCAUAGCUAUUUUAAGGGCUUACUUUCCUAAUGAAUUGUAUAAAACAGUGUGCCAUACACAGUGUAGUUCAAACCUCUCCUAAGUGACUGAGGUUCUUACAUGUCCUAUGUUAGAAAACACUGCUGUGGUAGUUAGGGUGGAGAAGUUCCUUCUGAAUAUUGAAGGAAGCUGACAGGAUGUGGUUCUCUUAUUAGAUGCAGUUAAAUGUUUCGUGCUUUCUCCCUAGGAAUACAACAUACCUACCAUUUUCUUGGAGAUGUUGUGAUUGGCAAACACUAGAUGUUGCUAAGUGCACUGAAGGCUUUGUUUGGUGUUUUGUGGCUUGAAACAUACUAGCCAUGCCAACGCUUGUUUUAAAGUUAAAGACUGUAAGUUGACUUUUGCAUUCAUGAGGAUUUCCAAACAGUGGUCUUUGGCAGCUCAGUAGCAGGGCAAUCAUACACCAGUGUUACUGGGGUGUCCCCUAAGACCCCACAGGUAAUUCCAGGAAACCCUCCUUUUUGUGACCUCUUUCAUAUUCUUUCAAAAAUGAAUGGCUUUCUUGUGUGUCUUUCCCAGAGACUGCAGGCCCUGGAAACUUCAUAGAGAUGGGCAUAGGUAUAUGACCAAGCUCAGGAAUAAUUUCUUGAAGGAAGCAGGUGUUGUGGCGUGGGUAGGACAGAAACAGAACCAGAGGUUCCUGACUGCGACUCACAGGCCAAGACCAUCAAAUCUGCUCUGCAGAUGUGUUUAUUUGGAUCAUACAGUGUUCCUUUUUCAAACAUUUAAAUUAGUUGCCAAGCUGCAAAAACUGGGAAUUUUUACUUCAGUAAGUCUGGAUAUGUGACUUUUCUUGAAAAACUGGAAUACUUUGGCCAUGUUGGGAUCCAUAUUUUUGCAGUGGAGCUGAGAGCUAUUCCCUUCCUGAGGCAAGAUGGGGCAAGAAGUGCACCCGUGUACCACCCCACGAUCUCUGGUCUCAUGCAGUCAUUUGAGUCACCUUCAUGACCCCUAGAUAGGCUUGGAGAUUGAGAAUAAACGUCAUAAUCAAUCAUUAUGAAGGAGACAGCAUUUCGCAUUGAACUCACAUGUUCUCUUUGAUACACAAACAAAACACUUUAUUCAACAGACCAGAUGAGAUGCAUUUGUUGUCUGGAAACAGAAGAACAAUGAAAACUGCUUCCUAGGUAACGUGAUACUACGUUGUGUCUCUUCCGACAAUUCUUUGCUUUCAGUACUGGUCAGAGGCCAAAUAUUGGGGUUGGGUGGCAGGAAACUCUAUAAUGUGGCAGAGGCCAUUUCUUAAAUGCCAUCCUGGGGGAGAAAAUCAUUUGUUCCUACACUGUCUCCUGCCACCCUUAGAAGUUUGAGAAUAAGAAUGAAAUGAUCAGACCAAAACACUUCUCUGGGCAGCAUUUUUUACACAUUUGGACAACAAAAGAGUGCUCUGUAUUUAAUCUUUGUAUAGCUGCACGGAAAAGAUUGCUCAUCACUCUUUUGUCUUUUGCGGAACCCUAUCAGAAAACUCACGACCAUUUUUUGGAAGGCCCCAUCACUCGGGAGCGAUUAAACCACUAUUGGAAUGUGGCUGAAGACGCUCGAAGUGAACUUGCAGCAACCUUGGUCAAAUUUGACUGUGCUCAGUCUGAGCUUCGAGACCUCAGAUCCAAGGUGCUUUCUCAAGACGUCUCCUGUCAAGAAUUGAAAGCUGAAAUAGAGAACUACAAAGAAAACAAUGCCAGAAAAUCAUCUUUGCUCGCUUCUUUGAGAGACAGAGUUAAGGAGCUAGAAGAAGAAACAGCAGCAAUUUCCACUUCUAAAAUUAGAACAGAAAUCACAGCUCACAAUGCAAUCAAGGAAAACCAGGAGUUAAAGAAGAAAGUUGUAGAACUAGACAAGAAAUUACAAAAGUGUUUAAAGGAAAAGGAGGAGAAUAAGAAUCAAGCCUUGGAGAAUUGCAGGAAACAGGAAGAAUUUCUAGUUCAACUGCAUGAUUGCUUAGAUCCAGACAAGAAGAAUGAAAAGGCAUCAGAUGAAGAUUUAAUUCUAAAGAUUAGAGAGCUGUGCAAGGAAAAUGCAUCUCUGAAAGGACAAAUUGCUACUCUUGAAGAGACUGUAAAUGUCCAUGAGAUGGAGGCAAAAGCUAGCAGAGAAACUCUCAUGAGGCUGGUUUCAGAAGUAAACAGAGAGCAGAGGAAAGCUGCCUCCUGUACUGAAGAGAAAGACAAGCUGAACCAGGACCUGGUCAGUGCCACAGAGGCAAAGGAAGCUCUUGAAAGGGAGGUUAAGCUCUUCCAGGAAAGGCUGCUUGCUGGCCAGCGGGUCUGGGACGCCUCGAAGCAGGAGCUGAGCCUCUUGAAGCAAAGCUCUUGUGAGUUGGAGAAGAAUGCGAAGGCUAGUUUGGAUGCAGCCACAGCCUCACAAAGCCAGUACUCCUCAUUCAGGGAGAAAAUUGUAGCCCUUCUUAGGGGCAGCUUGAGCAUGACUGGGUCCAUGGAGGACGCCAUUUUGGAGAGGAUUCGAGAAAUGGGCAGCCAGGAAGAGAGCAGGGAAAGGAUGAUCUCCCAGCUUGAAACCCAAAUAUCUGAGCUUGUUGAACAGUUGGGAAAUGAGUCUGGGUUCCACCAGAAAGCUCUGCAGAGAGCCCAGAGAGCAGAACACAAGUUGGAGACUCUCCAGGGUCAGCUGACACACCUGGAGGGGGAGCUGGUUUCUGGAGAUGUUUUGCGAGACAACUUGCAUUUUGAGAAACAAAAAUAUCUUAAAUUUCUGGAUCAGCUCUCAGAGAAAAUGAAAUUGAACCAGAUAGCUGCUGAACUUGGCUUUGAUAUGCGUCUAGAUGUAGUUUUAGCUCGCACGGAGCAGCUAGUCCGCCUUGAGAGCAACGCAGUCAUCGAAAACAAGACUAUUGCCCACAAUUUACAGAGAAAGCUGAAGACUCAGAAAGAAAGACUGGAGAGCAAAGAAUUGCACGUGAAUCUCCUCCGGCAGAAGAUAGCACAGCUGGGGGAGGAGAAGCAGGUGUGUGCGGCCUUGGCCGUGGAGCGGGAUGAGGCCAGUCUCACCCUAAGGAAGUUACAGAAGAAGGUGGAGAGGCUGCAGAAGGAGCUGAGCGUGUGUCAAGAAUCAAACACUGAGCUCAAAGCCAAGCUGGCUGAUACCAAUGAGCUUAAGGCAAGUGCUCAGACCCAUUUCUUUGUUGCUUUUUGCAAGUUACAAUUGAAGUUUCUGCAAUAGACUGACAGACUUAUAAGAGACACACCAGAAGAAAAAAAGAUGGAAACUUUCUCUGGUUUUUCGAGAGUUGUGGGAAAAGUGCAAAAAUUACACAAAUCAACAUAUUAGGUCAAUUUAGUGCCUUCCUUUCAUACCUGAAAUGGGCUGUUAGCUGCUGAGUGAAAAGUCAGAGAAGGGUGAUGUUAAGUACAGAAAAUUAGCACAUUUCUUCAAAGUGUGGGUGCCUGUGAUACUAGGGAUCACGCCGGGCUAUAAGGAUUUGCUCAGGAGGAAAUAAGAAGGGGAACACAGCUGUUCACAGAUAAGAGCCAGGCAGCUGCAGUGUUGAGGCUGUGCCCUGUGACACGCACCACACCAACUAGCAAAGGGGGCACACAGAUUGGGGCACUGUUUUCUGGAUUUGAGGUGUUCAACUUCUAAUGAAUAUAGAGAAAAAAGAAAUUAAACUUAAUUUAAUAAAAACAUUUAAAUGUCAUGUGUGCCACUGGCAAUAAUAUGUAACUUCAGAUAUGCAUGCCAUGAAUACAGACGAGCACUUUGU